UAUCAAAUAAAUACAAAGUUUUUUUUUUUAGUUUUGACGUAAAACUUAAGUGAAAAUAAAACAAAACAAAUAUUCCAUCGCCGAAAAACACAAUUCUUUCGUCAUGCGUUAUCAGAAAUUAUCAAGUCCACUAAUUACAAUUGCAGAUAAGACUUAUUAUUUAAUUUAUUCCUUACACCCGAUGCGACCACGAACAUUGUGUAGAGAAAUAACGUAGCAAAAUGACUACUUUAACCAAAAAAGUUCUGAAUAUCGGUAAAUUGUUUAAAAAUGUCGAUAACUAUACAAAAAGACUAUCAUCUCAUUUUAAUUACUAUCCCGAUAGUGAAAAACCGGUAGAAGGGGAAACAUCGAAAAUGAAUAUGAUGCAGGCCAUAAACAAUGCUAUGGAUCUUACACUUAAGAAUGAUCCUAGUGCUGUUUUGUUCGGUGAAGAUGUUGGUUUUGGUGGAGUCUUCCGAUGUGCCUUAGGAUUACAGGAAAAAUACGGCAAAGAUCGAGUUUUCAACACUCCACUCUGUGAACAGGGUAUCGCAGGCUUUGGUAUAGGAUUGGCCACAGCUGGAGCCACGGCUAUAGCUGAAAUUCAAUUUGCAGACUACAUCUUCCCCGCUUUUGACCAAUUAGUGAAUGAAGCAGCUAAAUACAGAUACAGAUCAGGUGGCCAGUUUGACUGCGGAGGGCUAACCGUGAGAGCUCCAUGUGGAGCUGUUGGUCACGGUGGCUUAUAUCACUCACAGAGCCCAGAGGCCUUCUUUGCCCAUGCUGCUGGAUUAAAAGUGGUAGUUCCGAGAGGUCCGAAUGCAGCUAAAGGUCUAUUGCUGGCGUGUAUACAGGAACGAGACCCGUGCAUAUUCCUGGAGCCCAAGAUAUUGUACAGAUCUGCUGCUGAGGAAGUGCCAGUUGAGAGCUUCACCCUACCCAUUGGAAAAGCACAAAUCCUAAGAGAAGGUGAUGCAGCUACGUUGAUAGGGUGGGGGACACAGGUACACGUACUGCUGGAGGUGGCGCAAUUGGCGCAGGAACAGCUGGGAGCCAACUGUGAGGUUAUAGACCUCAUGUCAAUCUUACCCUGGGACCAAGAGACGGUCUUUAAUUCGGUGAAGAAGACGGGUCGGUGCCUGGUCGCACACGAGGCGCCACUCACGUGCGGGUUCGGCGCUGAACUGGCAGCGGCUAUACAAGAGGAGUGCUUCCUGCACCUGGAGGCGCCGGUGCGCCGCGCGGCGGGCUGGGACGCGCCGUUCCCGCACGUGUUCGAGGCGCUGUACCUCCCCGCGCGCGCGCGCUGCCUCGACGACCUCACGCAGCUGCUGCGAUACUAACGCCGCACACCGGCGAACGUUCUCGAAAUUUUGGGCGACUUUCAUCCAUAUUGUAAUAUUUUUUAUUUAAAUACAAUUCAGAAAUUUCUAUGACUUUUACAUUUGAAUUUAUAUUUUAGACUAAAUAAAAUAUUACGUUAGGAAAAUUGUGUGAUGAAAGUUAUUUUAAUACAUGCUUGAACUAUAUACUAAAUUUAAACAAGGAAUCUUCAAAGUGAGGCAUCUUAUAUAUAUCAAUAAUAUUAUGUACUAAAACGGAGAUAGAAACUGCAUCUUCUGGUAUAAGUUUUAUGUUUAAUAGUAUUUUCAAUUAGGCAUUUUAAAAAACAUGUCUCCUCAUUUAUUACUAUAGAGUACAAAUAUUAAUUUAAGCAAUUCCCUUAGAAGAAAAUGUGUAUUAAUUUUCGGCAAUUCCUACUAACUCAUUAAGCAAAAAAUCUUUAAUAUAUAUAAAAAAGUAUAAGACAUAAAUAAUGUAUAUAUGAAUUAGUCCGACUAAGAUUAUAUAAUAUACAUAUUAUUCAUAUAAUUUAACAGUUUUGUCAUAUGAAGAUUUCCACCAUAGCAACAUCAACAGAAUAUAAAUGGCGCGUAAGACGUGACGUAUUUUUAUAUAAAUUAUACAUAUAUUGAGCUGGUUAGCGUGGUUGGUAGAUACUUGCCUUUCACGCCGAAGGUUGUGGGUUCGAUUCCCACGCAGGACAGACAUUUGUGUGGAUGAACAUGUCUUUGUCCUGAGUCUGGGUGUAUCUAUAUAAGUAUGUAUUUACAAAAUAAAAGUAGUAUACGUAGUAUAUCAGUUGUCUGGUUUCCAUAGUACAAGCUCUGCUAGUUUGGGAUCAGAUGGCCGAGUGUGAAUAAUGUCCCAGGAUAUUAUUAUUAUUAUAUUUUAGUGACGUAAUAAUUGAAAGCUAGUGUUUUGUUUCCUUUCCGUCUGUUUUCAUUUGUAACGAAAAAUAAACUUUAAACACAAAA